UCGUGCUCAGUCACAAGGUUUUAUUACUCAGUCAUUUUCUUAAUAUCAGAGGCUGCAAGUAGAAACAGAGCAGUGCUCGAUCCUCAUCUGACUUGCUCUCUUGCUGCAGCCAUGGGGCUCCGCUGUUUACUCCUUCUUGCUUCGCUUGUAGCCGCUUGUUCGUCGCUGAUCAGGAUCCCAUUGAAGAAAUUCCCCUCCAUGCGCAGCAUCUACAAUGAAUAUGGAACUGAUAUCCAAGACCUGAUUGAGUUGGGGGAAAUGUUGAAAUACAAGUUUGGGGGCCCAGGAGCAGCUACACCUACCCCAGAGUCCUUGAAGAACUACAUGGAUGCACAGUAUUAUGGGGAGAUUGGCAUUGGGACACCACCACAGAAAUUUACUGUGGUCUUCGACACGGGAUCAUCCAACCUCUGGGUGCCCUCCAUCCACUGUCAUUUGCUGGAUAUUGCUUGCUUGCUGCACCACAAAUAUGAUUCUUCCAAAUCCAGCACAUAUGUAAAAAAUGGUACAGACUUUGCCAUCCAUUAUGGAACUGGGAGCCUGUCAGGAUACCUCAGCCAGGAUACUGUAACGAUUGGUGACCUGUCCGUCAAGGAUCAGUUGUUCGGUGAAGCUGUCAGGCAACCUGGCAUCACGUUCAUUGCUGCCAAGUUUGAUGGCAUCCUUGGCAUGGCCUUUCCCAAGAUCUCUGUGGAUAAAGUGAUGCCUUUCUUUGAUAAUCUGAUGCAACAACAACUAUUAGAUAGGAACAUAUUUUCCUUUUACCUAAACAGGGAUCCAAAAUCAACACCAGGAGGCGAAUUGCUUCUAGGAGGGGUAGACCCGAAGUAUUAUAGUGGAGACUUCAACUGGGUGAAUCUCACUCGUAAAGCUUACUGGCAGAUCCACAUGGAUCAGGUUCAAAUUGGGAAUGGUGAGACCGUGUGCAAAGAUGGCUGUGAAGCGAUUGUGGACACAGGAACCUCUCUCAUUACGGGGCCCACAGAGGAGAUUAAGAAGCUGCAGAAAGCCAUUGGAGCAAAGCCAAUAAUUAAAGGGCAGUAUAUACUUGCUUGUGAGAAGCUCUCUUCCCUUCCAGAUGUGAGCCUUGUCCUAGGAGGGAAAUCUUUUGUCCUCACUGCAGAUCAAUAUGCCUUAAAAGUUUCUGUUCAAGGAGAAACUCUUUGCCUUAGUGGGUUUUCGGGCUUGGAUGUCCCACCGCCUGGUGGCCCUCUCUGGAUCCUGGGUGAUGUCUUCAUAGGCCCCUAUUACACUGUAUUUGAUCGGGAUAACGAUUCAGUUGGUUUUGCAAAGUGCAGUGGCAAAGUGUAAAAGUAACAGGCCACCAGCCUCCCACAAUCUCCUACAAAAUACACUCACAAACAUACUGGACUUUUGUAUUGUGACUCACUGGUAUUAAGAACAAAAUCAGGAAAGUAAGGAAGAAAGAAUACCUUCUGGUUUUAUAAAUGUGAAAGAGCAUAGACCUUAUUUUUUAAUGGAAAAAAAAAUCUUUCAACACUCACUUGCCUCUCUCAAAUAAGAGAGGUCACAGAGAGGUUCUAGUAAAAUGGUCACCUCUAAGGAUUACCACUGUUGUAUGAGCUCUUCAAACAUCAGGCUACCUGAAACACGAUCUCUUUGUAUAUCUCUGAGCAUCAGUACUAUAAACAGCUUACAUAGAUGAAUACAAGUUUCUGUUUCACAAUUCUCUACCCACAAAAGGUAACCAUUCAUAAAUGUUUCUGGAUUCAUUUUCCUUAUUUCCCCCCUUUAAAGAAAACAGUAGAAUAAAAAACAAUAUGGACAAUUAAAUAUUUUUUCCAGUUGAUCAUGGGGAAGUGCUAAAUAGUUAUAAGGAUAGUUCAAACCCCAGUAUGGUAAAAAUAAGAAAAUGUGUUGACUGUAUUUCUUCUAGGGUGUGGGAUGUGGUAAGAAAGGUCUGAUUCGCAAAUUUUACAAGCCAAGCUGGUUCUCCAGUUGGGGUGGGUAGGCUUCAGGUAAAUAGAGAACCGUUGGGAAGUUGUAGUCAUGGAGAGGAUACUUCCUUAGCUCUUGCCUGGGUUCUCAAUGGCCACCUUUCAUACUUUGGUCUGAGCAAUCCCAUGCAAGUGAUUUUUGUUUCACAGUAUCUUUCUGUAAACUUUAUCUUUAGUUUCCCAGACCUUUUGGACUUCCCAGCUUCCUUUGGAAGCAUGAGGAAAAUGACCAUGAUGUGGCUUUUCAAAUCCAUUUAAAUUAUGAAAUAUUUCAACCAUUCUUUUUCUUUUUUUGUGAGACCCUUUAGCUCUCGAUGGUUUUGAAGAAACAUCUAAGCAUCUUGAUUGCUCCUGAAUAAAAUAUCAUCCUGUUUUUCCCUUAAGUCCUAACUUCUAAAAACACCCAGUACUGCCACCUGUUGUGAAAAAAGAAAAAUGUUGUAGAUAAUUCAAAAUUAAGCUUCUCAGAGCAGUGCGAGCUUAAUCUAGAAACCUAUUUGUGUGAACCGCUCUGCACAGGCAAAGGAACUAUCUCUCUACUGGGCUCUUAUUUUGAUCUGACCUGGCACAGUAUACAGUUCUGUUCUACAAGGCCACUAAUUUAAAUGGCUUUAAAAAGGGAUUGGACUAAUUCAUGGGGCACAAGGCUACUAAUGGCUAUUGGUCCCGUUGGCUGUAUGCUACUUCUAAUGCCAGAGGCACUAUGCCUGUGCCACCCAGUUGCUGGGCAAAAUGGGUGGGCAGGUGCUGAUGCACUCAUGGCUUGUUUCCAGGUUUCCAAGGGCAAGAUGUUGGCUAUUGUGAGAACAAAAUGCUGGACUGAAGGCCCUUUGGUCAGAUCAAGUAUAGCUUUUACUAUAUUCCGAAAUGCAUGAAGCGGCUGUUCAGAGCAGGGUGGGAAGGAGGACAGGUGGCUACUUGUGGUUGGAAGUUAAAUGAAUUGGAAAGUUAUUAAUAUUAGCUUGACAGCUGGGGAGAUUUCCAGCACCUUUUAGAUUAUCUGAAAUGUUCCAUGAUACUUGGAUCCAAUCCCAAAAUUGUGAGACAGCAUGGGCAAUGGAGAGCAAAACUUGAGGUUAGAUUAACAAAGAACUCUUUGAUGAAAGUCAGCAGCACUUCACUGAAGAGGCUCUCAUAAAUGAUAUGAAUAUCUGGCACAUGGGUAAAGGAAUACAGUAGGAAAGAUUGUGAAUGCAAGGGGGCAAAGGACAUCAGGAAUCUGAGCAUAUCUUUGUGAAUAUGCUAUGGAUCCUAGAGAUUUUUCCUCCCUGCUGGGCUGAAGAUUUCAGACACUGAUAAGGUAUCUGGUGAAGGUGUGGGAUAGGGUCCCUAUCGGGAUCUUUUCCAUUCUGUUAACAGCUGGUUGGGUUUUUAAACCAGGCUCUGCUAUUCAAAUCCUCGAGUGUUCAUAAACACGUGGAAUGUAGUGGUAUGUCUUAGAGAUCUAGAUAAACUAUAGCAUUUUGAAUUGCCCUCUGUAAUAAAAUAAGCAUCUCUAAACUCUUGAGUGCCUGAUUCUAAUAGUCUUCAGUCCUGAAUUAGUAACCUAAAUCACCCAAUAGUUUCUUACUGUAAAAUAUCAAAUUACACAGCCUUCAUUUCAAGCUUAUCAAGUGCCCAAGGAUCUUUGAAACAUAAGCUGAGUAGAAAGUCUUUUAACACUUCCUGCAGGAGCCCAGGGUGGGUUUGAACAUGAUCUUUGCCUUGAAGAGAUUUUACCUUCUUAAAUACCAUAGAAUAAAGUGAAUGCCAUAAAAUAUUUGCUCAAUAGUAUCAAAUGUAUUGAUUGGCUGGUUAUGCUAAAUGUUGCAGUCUUGUAGUGGCUACUAUUGCACAGUCUGAUACCCCCUCUUGAAAGAUGUAUGGCACAGUCCGAAGAGUAAAGGAGGAGAGGAAGUCCACAGGAAACCUUUGGAAAUUGUAUCUUAAUUGGAUCUGAUAGUUUGGAAUGCUAAUUGGGCUGCUGGAUCUGUAGCAUGCAGCCAUUCCCUUGCUCUGCUAGUCUUUUCUGAACAUGUGAAUUACUGUUGAACCCUCUCCUGUUGUGAAGAUGCAUCCUAGCUGUUCACUCUCCUCAAUUUGUCAUAGAAAAAAAAUAAAUAUUUUCCCCCCAA